AUGGGAUACCAGGACCGAUGGGUCGAUAUGCAGUACCUGCUGAGCAGGCCAGGCAACCUCGUGGGGCCGGGAUUCCAGGCUAACGCGGACCUGAUGGAGGAGGUCAUGGGCUACUGCCGGAUCCUCGUCGUCGGAGCUGGCGGCCUCGGGUGCGAGCUGCUCAAGGACCUGGCUCUGUCGGGGUUUAUUAACAUCGACGUGAUCGACAUGGACACCAUCGAGCUGUCCAACCUCAACCGGCAGUUCCUCUUCCAGCCCGAGGACGUCGGGAAGCCCAAGGCCACCGUGGCAGCAGGCAAGGUAAACCAGCGCGUGGAGGGCGCGAACGUGACACCACACGUGGGCCGCAUCGAGGACAAGGACCUCUCUUUCUACCGCAACUUCCACGUCAUCGUCCUCGGCCUCGACUCGCUCGAAGCGCGCCAGUACAUGAAUGCGCUGGUUUGCUCGAUGCUCGAGUUCGACGACGACGGCGCCGUCAAGCAGUCCACGAUGCUCCCGAUCGUCGACGGUGGCAGCGAGGGCCUCAAGGGCCACGUCCGCGUCAUCUACCCGGGCCUCACGCCGUGCUUCGAGUGCACGCUGUGGCUCUUCCCGCCGCAAACGAAGUUCCCGCUCUGCACGCUCGCGGAGACCCCGCGCAGCGCGGCGCACUGCAUCGAGUACGCGCACCUCAUCCAGUGGCCGGCGGAGCGCCCGAACGACGAGUUCGACGCCGACGACCCAACGCACAUGCAGUGGGUGUACGAGCAGGCGCUGCGGCGCGCCGAGCUGCACGGCAUCCCCGGCGUGACGUACCGGCACACGCAGGGCGUCGUCAAGAGCAUCAUUCCGGCCGUGGCGUCCACGAACGCGAUCGUCGCGGCCGCGUGCACCCUCGAGGUGGUCAAGAUCGUGUCGAACUGCAGCUCUGGGAGCAAGAACUCCAUCAUGUACACCGGCGGUGAGCGGGUGUACUCGCACGACGUGGCGUACGAGCGGGACCCGAACUGUCCCGUGUGCGGGCGCGUCGUGGCGAUCGACCUGCCGCGCGCGUGCACGCUGGAGCAGGCCAUGCAGCGGCUGACGGCAAACCCUCGCCUGAAGGAGCUGGGAAUCACGGAACCCUCGAUCUCGAUGGGCUCGAAGAACCUGUACAUGCGUGGCGCGCUGGAGGGCAUGUACAAGGAGAAGCUCGGGCAGCGCAUGGCGGAGCUGAUGGGCAGCGACGGCGGCACGCUGACCGUGAACGACAAGAAGGCCCCGGCGCCCGUGCGGGUCAAGGUGAGGCUCGCGGACGUGGCGUGA